AUGAGAGCACAACUUACAACUGAAACAACUACACCAACCACAACAACAGUAUCAACAUCAGCCACAACAACUGAGAGCACAACAGUUAGUACAUUUGAAACAACUACACCAGCCACAACAAUUGAGAGCACAAGUGUUAGUACAAUUGAAACAACUACACCAACCACAACAACAGUAUCAACAUCAGCCACAACAACUGAGAGCACAACUGUUAGUACAACUGAAACAACUACACCAGCCACAACAACUGAGAGCACAACUGUUACUACAACUGAGACAACUACACCAGCCACAAAAACUGAGAGCACAACUGUUAGUUCAACUGAGACAUCUACACCAGCCACAACAAUUGAGAGCACAACUGUUAGUAAAACUGAAACAACUAGACCAGUCACAACAACAGAAUCAACAUCAGCCACAACAACUGACAGCACAACAGUUAGUACAACUGAAAAAACUACACCAAUCACAACAACUGAGAGCACAACUGUUAGUACAACUGACACAACUACACCAGCCACAACAACUGAGAGCACAACUGUUAGUACAACUCAAACCACUACACCAGCCACAACAACUGAGAGCACAACUGUUAGUACAACUGAAACAACUACACCAGCCACAAUAAUCGAAUCAACAUCAGCCACAACAACUGAGAGCACAACUGUUAGUACAACUGAGAGAACUACACCAGUCACAACAACUGAGAGCACAACAGUUAGUGCAAUUGAAACAACUACACCAACCACAACAACUGAGAGCACAACUGUUAGUACAACUGAAACAACUACACCAAUCACAACAACAGAAUUGACAGUAGCCACAACAACUGAGAGCACAACUGUUAGUACAACUGAAACAACUACAACAAUCACAACAACAGAAUUGACAGCAGUCACAACAACUGAGAGCACAACUGUUAGUACAACUGAAACAACAACACCACCCACAACAACUGAGAGCACAACUGAGACAACAACACCAGCCACAACAAUUGAGAACACAAUUGUUAUUACAACUGAGAUAACUACACCAGCCACAACAACUGAGAGCACAAUUGUUAGUACAACCGAGACAACUACACCAGCCACAACAACUGAGAGCACAACUGUUAGUACAACUGAGACAUCUGCACCAGUCACAACAACUGAGAGCACAAUUGUUAGUACAACUGAGACAACUACACCAGUCACAACAACUGAGAGCACAACUGUUAGUACAACUGAGACAACUACACCAGCCACAACAACUGAGAGCACAACUGUUAGUACAACUGAGACAUCUGCACCAGUCACAACAACUGAGAGCACAAUUGUUAGUACAGCUGAAACAACUACACCAGCACCAACAACUGGGAGCACAACUGUUAUUACAACUGAGACAACUCCACCAGCCACAACAACUGAGAGCACAACUGUUAUUACAACUGAGACAACUACACCAGCCACAUCAACAGAAUCAACAUCAUCCACAACUGAGAGCACAACUGUUAGUACAACUGAGACAACUACACCAGCCACAACAAUUGAGAGCACAACUGUUAGUACAACUAAGACAUCUACACCAGUCACAACAACUGAGAGCACAACUGUUAGUACAAUUGAAACAACUACACCAGUCACAACAACUGAGAGCACAACUGUUAUUACAACUGAGACAACUACACCAGCCACAACAACUGAGAGCAUAACUGUUAGAAUAAAUGAGAUAUCUACACCAGCCACAACAACAGAAUCAACAUCACCCACAACAACUGAGAGUACAACUGUUAAUACUAUUGAAACAACUACACCAGCCACAACAACAGAAUCAACAUCACCCACAACAAAUGAGAACACAACUGUUGGUACAACUGAAACAACUACACCAAGCACAACUUUUAGUACAACUGAGACAACUACACCAGCCACAACAAUUGAGAGCACAACUGUUAGUACAACUGAGACAACUACACCAGCCACAACAGCUGAGAGCACAACUGUUAGUACAACUGAAACAACUACACCAACCACAACAACAUCAGCCACAACAACUGAGAGCACAACAGUUAGUACAACUGAAACAACUACAGCAGCCACAACAACUCAGAGCAUAACUGUUAGUACUACUGAAAUAACAACACUAGCCACAACAACAGAAUCAACAUCAGCCACAACAACUGAGAUCCCAACUGUUAGUACAACUGAAACAACUACAGCAGCCACAACAACUGAGAGCAUAACUGUUAGUACUACUGAAAUAACAACACCAGCCACAACAACAGAAUCAACAUCAGCCACAACAACUGAGAGCACAACUGAUAGUACAACUGAGACAACUACACCAGCCACAGCAACUGAGAGCACAACUGUUAGUACGGCUGAGACAACUACACCAGCCACAGCAACUGAGAGCACAACUGUUAGUACACCUGAGACAACUACACCAACCACAACAACUGAGAGCACAACUGUUAGUACGGCUGAGACAACUACACCAACCACAACAACAGAAUCAACAUCAGCCACAACAACUGAGAGCACAACUGUUAGUACAACUGAAACAACUACACUAGCCACAACAACUGAGAGCACAACUAUUAGUACAACUGAGACAACUACACCAGCCACAGCAACUGAGAGCACAACUGUUAGUACGGCUGAGACAACUACACCAGUCACAGCAACUGAGAGCACAACUGUUAGUAUGGCUGAGACAACUACACCAACCACAAGAACAGAAUCAACAUCAGCCACAACAACUGAGAGCACAACUAUUAGUACAACUGAGACAACUACACCAGCCACAGCAACUGAGAGCACAACUGUUAGUACAACUGAAACAACUACACCAGCCACAACAACUGAAAGCACAACUGUUAGUACGGCUGAGACAACUACACCAACCACAAGAACAGAAUCAACAUUAGCCACAACAACUGAGAGCACAUCUGUUAGUACAGCUGAGACAACUACACCAACCACAACAACAGAAUCAACAUCAGCCACAACAACUGAGAGCAUAACUGUUAGUACAGCUGAGACAACUACACCAACCACAACAACAGAAUCAACAUCAGCCACAACAACUGAACGCACAACUGUUAGCACAACUGAAACAAGAACACCAACCACAACAACUGAGAGCACAACUGUUAGUAGAACUGAAACAUCUACACCAGCCACAAGUGAGAGCACAACUGAAACAACUACACCAUCACCAACAACAACAGAAUCGUCAACAGCCACAACAAUUGAGAGCACAACUGUUAGUACAACUGAAACAACAACACCAGCCAUAACAACAGAAUCAACAUCAGCCACAACAACUGAGAGCCCAACUGUUAGAACAUAUGAAACAACCACACCAACACUCUCACCAGUCACCACAACUUCAUCAUCUUCUUUCAUAACAACUGCAAAUCAUAACGUGCGAGCAAAGCUGGAGUUCCGCUCUGUAGACACAUUCAUAAAUGAACUCAAUAAUACAAACUCUCAAGCUUUCAAGAACAGGGCUCAGCUUGUUAUAGACAUUCUUAAAGCCAUCUAUAUCAAGUAUCCUUCCUUCAUAGAUAUCCUUGUCCUAGGAUUCAGGCCAGGAUCAGUCAUUACCACAACAGAACUAGCUUUCAACUCUUCACAGUCUGUGCCAUCAGACCAUGAUAUCGCAACUUCAUUAUUGAGUAAUACAACAGCUGUCAAGGUCCUGAACAUGAGUUCUAAUUCUGUCAUGGUUAAUGAUAAAGAAUUUACAAUAGUGACAACCUCUACUGCUCCAACAACAGAAACAACUGUAGUCACAACAACUCUUGUUGUAAUAUCCACCAGCAGUUUAGCAGUUACCACUACAGUGCAACCAACAGCUUCUUCAUUGACCUCGACCACUCUCUCCUCAACAGCCUUUGACAGAACAAAUAUUAGUACAGCUGAAAUGUCUACAAGACCAACAACAGCAUUCUCAGCUCUCAUGACAAGUAUCACAAGUGCAGCAAUGAACACAGGACCAAAAUCAACAACUUCUGUUUUUACUUCAUUGACUCCCUCUUCAACUACAUUUAAGACUUCUACUGGAAGUACAACUAGAACAUCAACAAAAUCAUUUGCCUCAACCACUAAUACAACCAGUGCCCCUACCACUAAUACAACCACUGCCUUAACCACUAAUACAACAACAACAACAACAAGACCCUCAACAUCUUCCACUACUAAAGUGACUACAAUUUCAACUACAAAAUUUGUACCCGUGUAUCUAACAGACCUGGUGUUCCGCUCUUUUGACAUAUAUAUUGUUGAACUCAACGAUUCAAAUUCUCAGGCCUUCAAGACAAGGGCUCAGCUUGUCAUAGAACAUCUUGACCGAAUCUACAGAGCCAGAUAUCUUUCCUUCAUCAGAGUGAUUGUCAUAAGUUUCAGCCCAGGGUCAAUCAUCACAAAAACACAACUAGUUUUCAACUCCCGAGAAACUCUCCCAUCAGUUGAAGAGAUUUCAAACACCCUCUUGACAGAAGUAGAAACAGGAGGUGUCGAUCCACUGCACAUAAUUCCUUCAUCAGUUUCAGUCAAUGGUUCAGUUAUUGCUACGACUGUAGCUGCUUUAACUACAGUGUCAAGUGGAUUAAAGAUUGAAUUCAGUCUGCUCCAAACAACAUGGCUCAUUAUUAUGGCAAAAAUAUUAAGGCUUUUCCUAUAGAUCCUUUAACAAUGAAUCAACCAAGGAUGCAAUUUCAGCAAAGCAUGCUCUAAUGAAUUAUACUCGCAAAUUACAUUAUUUACAUAUGUGUAUUAUGCAUUAUUUACUGUUGUAGCAAAAUCUUAAAAUAUGACAAUGGCUAUAUAAAUAGAAGCCUAAAAUUGCAUUGAUUUUCAAGAGCACAAUUUAUAAAGAGAAAAAAUAUUAGAGGUUGUUGAGAUUUAUCAUAUUUUGAUUUUUUUCCCUCACAGUAUUUUUAUAUGUAAUGCUUUUGUUCAGCUGUCUGCAGGUUAAAGACUCAUUAUAGCUCCAUUUUGUCUAGUAUAUGCCAACAUUGCAAUAUCUUAUAUAUUUAAAUAAUCAAAUAAACAUAUUUAUUGAGUUCAUAUAAUCCAAAAUUGUUUGAUAUAAAAUCAUUAUUUUAAAAAUCGAUUAUGUUAAAUGAGAAAGAAAUGAAAAUGAAGAGAUCAUAAAUAUAUGAAGGAUUUAAACACAUACUUUUGUAUGUAUUCGUUUACAUCUAAAGAAAUACAUUUGUAUAUAUCCACAAUGACUGUAAAACAUAAGCUUAUUUAAAAAAAAUGUAUAGUAAAGUAUGUAUAUUUAUG